AUGAUACUGCAGCACGCCGAAGCGCUGUGCGCGAGACGCCUCAUCCUCGCGUCGGCGUCGCCGCGCCGGAAAGAGAUCCUCGGUAACCUGGGGUUGAAGUUCGACGUCGUCGUUUCCAAUUUCGACGAAGAUCUGGAUAAAUCCACGUUCACCGGUGGCGCCGAAUACGCCUCCGCGACGGCGACGCACAAAGCGAUGGAGGUCGCGACGCGGUUGGAGAAGGAGAAGCCCGCGCCGUUCGUGGUCAUCGGCGCGGACACCGUCGUGGAAGGCCCCGACGGCGCGAUACUCGAGAAACCCAAGGACGCUAACGAGGCGAUGAAGAUGCUCCUGUCGCUCCAGGGGAUCACUCAUCAGGUCCACACCGGCGUCGGGGUCAUUUUCCCGAACAACGGCGGCGGCGGCGAACGUCUCGUGAAAACGUUCAGCGAGACGACGAAGGUGACGUUCGCGCCGCUGGGCGAGGCUGAGAUCGCGGCGUACAUCAAAACGGGCGAGCCGUUCGAUAAAGCGGGUGGAUACGGGAUCCAAGGUCCCGCGGGAGCUUUCGUGAGUUCGAUCUCCGGGUGUUACUUCAACGUCAUGGGGUUCCCUGUGCACAAGUUCGCGGACGUGGUAUCAAAAAUGAUAAAAGAGGGAGUCAUUCAACCGUAGAAACAGGGGAAUCGUACCCUUAGCCUGGGAAGAGAAGUAGCCGACUAACAUUUC